AUGGACACUGCCAUUGAUCUGUCCGAUGCCUCCAAGGCAUUGGACCUUGCCAACAUCCGUUUCCAGCUGAUCCGCCUGGAGGACACAAUCACCUUCCAUCUGAUCGAACGGGUUCAAUUCCCGCUCAACAAAACCAUCUAUGUCCCCGGCGGCGUCAAAAUCCCCAACAGCGAGCAUAGUCUGAUGGACUACCUGCUGCGCGAGCAGGAACGGUUACAGUCGCGCGUGCGCCGCUACCAAUCACCCGACGAAUACCCCUUCUUCCCCGAUGUGCUCGAAGAACCGAUUCUGCAGCCUCUAUCCUACCCACACAUCCUACACGAGAACGAUGUGAACGUCAACGACGUGAUCAAGGAGCGGUACAUCAAGGAGAUCCUUCCCGCGGUCUGCCCGCAGUUCGGUCGGGAGGAUCGUGGCGAGACACAGGAGAAUUACGGCUCGGCCGCGACGUGCGAUGUCUCCUGCUUGCAGGCGCUGUCGCGCCGCAUUCAUUUUGGCAAGCUCGUUGCCGAGUCCAAGUUCCAGAAAGACCCGGAGACUUUCGUGCGCUUGAUCCGUUCGGGGGACCGUGAGGGUAUUGAUGCUGCCAUCACAAAUGCUCAAGUUGAGAAGAAGGUUCUGGAGCGUCUAGGCCUUAAGGCUAAGACAUACGGCACCGAUCCUGCUUUCCCCGACGAGAAGGGUUCCAAGAUCAACAUUGAUGCUGUGGUAGCUAUGUAUAAGGAAUGUGUUAUCCCACUGACCAAGGUGGUCGAAGUCGAAUACCUCAUGCAGCGCCUGAAGGGCACUCAAUGGGAGUGA